CGUUAAAUCCGCCAAAGCAUCGCUUUGUGUUUUUCUAAUCGAGAUCUGCUUCGGCCUCCGAUUAGGGUUGUGAGGGUUCCGCGCUGAUCCAUCGAUCUUGCUUCCAUGGCUCUGGAGUGGGUGGUUCUGGGCUAUGCGGCCGGCGCGGAGGCCAUCAUGCUUCUGUUCCUUACGCUUCCGGGCCUCGACGUCCUCCGCCGAGGGCUCGUCGCCGUCGUCCGCAGCGCCCUGAAGCCGCUCCUCGCGGUGGUGCCCUUCUGUCUCUUCCUCCUCGCCGACAUCUACUGGAAGUACGAGAUGCGGCCGACCUGCGAGGAGGAGCACGCCUGCACCCCUUCCGAGCACGUCCGCCACCAGAAGUCCAUCAUCAAGAGCCAGCGCAAUGCCCUCCUCAUCGGCUCCGCGCUCCUCCUCUACUGGCUCCUCUUCUCCGUCACCGGGCUUUUGGUCCGCAUCAACCAGCUCAACCAGCGCAUCGACAAGCUCAAACGCUCCGAAUGAACACAAGAUGUUCCAAAUGCAGGCUUGGCCUCUCUAUCAGUUCGGUUGUUGUCGCCCAAUUUGAUCUUUUGAUUUUAAAGAAUAGUUUCAUUUGCAUCUUGUUAUUGUUGAUCCAUGCAUCGUUUGAUUGUUAAGAUAGCACAAUAUAAGAUCUUAAAUAACCAGAUGAUUGAGGUUACUCACAGCAAGAUUAUUCA